CUGGAAAACUGGAAACGCAGCACGUUCUGCGUUGCUGUACUGUAUAGUACACUUAAGUACAGUACAGUACAGUAUUUUAAGGAUUGUUGCUUCUUAUCUGAAUAAUAUUCUGCCAUAAACGCCCCUUAGCAUUACCUUUUUUGUACUACGUUACAAAGUUUGGGUAAACUUUUGUCCAUUCUGCGGGACUGGGAUAAGACAGCCACACGCAACGGCUUUCUGUGCUCGUCUACUUCUGCCUGGCUGCUCUGUUUGAUUCGCCCAGGCGGUGCUGUGUUCUAUUAAACACGACUGGCGAAACAUGGCGGCGUGCAGGAUGUCGAAACUUUCGGUUACAGUUUCAUCAAAGUUUCACCAGCCUCUGAAAACCUAAACAAACGGAAUCUAAAACUUAGGCCGUUUAUCCUUGAUAGACGCUAACAAUAAGGACGGGGUCUGUUGAAAUCUCAUGGUUCACCGUUUUAGUGAAAGGAGGCUUUAUCGAGUUGUUUUCGAUUCAGAUGCUCCAGUGUUUACAUUCAAACGUAAGCGCAUUUUGAGCAAUUAAUUUUAACGUGCGAGAAACCAAGCCGAUCAACACACAGACAGUGCCAGCUUUAUGCACGGUAAGAUCACAAUACCCCGUUGGAUUUUAAGAAACGGGAUGUAGUUCUGUUUUAAUCAGAAUUUGGAUUCUUUUUGGAUGCCGUUGAAAAUGUGAUGCAGGGGGGGUCAGUGUAGCCUGCCUAUGACAUUCUGGAUGUAAACGAAUAUCAGUGAAACAAGAAGGAGAAACAAUGUGACUGUGUGGCUGUUUGCUAAUGUAGCAGGCAUAUGUGUGUCGUUACAUGUGGGGCCAGACACCAUUACAAUUCAACACAACAUACUGUUCUUACACACAGUACUACAGCGCAGUUUCCAAGACUUUUUGCCCGUUGUCAAAUUUAACAAACAAAACAUACCGACCAUUAUGGGUCUGAUCUAUUUUAUUUUCAACUCCGUAGGGAGAGCCAUAGACUUCCUGUGCUUCAUAUUGGACUUGAAUUUCUGCAUCGUAUCCUCUCUACUCAAUUUCCUGUUCGGCAUCGUUUACUUUGUUUACAGUUUACCCACUCUCCUGACCACGGGGGUGUUUCAGUGCUGGAAUCUAAGCCUGAUUUGUGUGCUCACAACCAUAGACACCAUUCUGGGGGUCGCUCAGGGCUCCUUCAACAUGGUGGGCAGCUGGUUUCGGGUUUUCUGCGGGGUGCCCGAGAGCUUUAAGAUGGUGGGUCACCUUUUCUCCCACGUGCUGCUCAGGACCAAAGAGCUGUUCCACCGGGGGCUGCUGUCCGGGCAUUCCUUCUUCAGACAGAUCUGCGAUGGCUGUGGCAUUGCCCUGAGCCUGAUUGUCUAUUUGGUGAACACUGUCGUCAACAUAUUGCUGAUCGGCACCCAGAACUGUUUCGCCGUGCUGCUGGCUGCUUGGGAGGCAGUGUCGGGGCCGGUGCAAAAAAUCCUGGAGCUCACCCUAGCCCUGUUCAGCUACCUCUCCAGCAGCCUGGUAGGCACUGCCAUCCUGCUGUGGACCCCCUGCCAGCUUGCCCUGGAAUUCCUCCACUCCCUCAGUCAGAUUUUCGUCAACGUCUUCCUGCUGAACUUGUACGGCCUGCUGCUCACGUUGGUCAUCGUUGCCAUGGCCACACUCUAUGUGAACCCGGGACUGGCGCGCAGAGUGGUGGAGCGCACGCUGCGUUAUAUGAGCACCGUGCCUUCGCUCUCCCGUCUGCAGAGGACAGUGCACAGGCUGUACCUGCUGGUCCUGGCGCGGACGCAAGCCGUGCUGCUUUUAGAGAUCUGGCAACGGGCGGUUAGGCGGGGCAGCAGGACUGGGCAAGCAGCUGGAAGUAACAGGGCAGACGCUGGGCCGGUUGAUGCACAAGGACCCCCUGAAGCAGUCCGUGCACCGCUGCCACCACCACCUCCCUUACCACCACCGCAGCCACAGAACCCUGAUACUCCGCCAGGGACCUCCAGCAGAGACAGGCCUCUGAAGAAGCACCUCUGUGGGGACGGGGACAAGGUGGCUCCCCAGACCGAGCUCCUGUCCCUCCUCAAGGAGCACGAGGAGCGGAAGAAGUGCGUCAUCUGCCAGGACAGCGUCAAGACCGUGCUGCUGCUGCCCUGCAGGCACCUGUGCCUGUGCCGUGACUGCACCGACAUCUUCCUGCGGCAGCCGAUCCACCAGCACAACUGCCCGCUCUGCAGACACAUGAUCUUACAGACCAUGGAUGUAUUCCUCUGAGCCUCACUCGAGAGGGGCUCUUCUCAUCGGGGCAAAAUCAGAGGCUGCCACUGCGUAGCGGCUUGAACCAUUCCAGCUUUUUAAUGCAAGCUAGAUUCUUCUGACACAGCUGAGAUGAGCUGUGAUUAAAUGCAAAUCUCAGGGUUACAGAAUAGAUUGGAUGUGAAUACCUUCUGAAUAUGAGUUGUGCAUUGUAUACAUGGUGGGGAAUGAGACUCCCAUUGCAUAGCAGUUAAUAGCCAUCACAUGCUUUACUAUGAGUCCUAGUUGCAUAUCUACAAAAGUUGCAUGUUUUUAUUUAACGAUGCAUUGCCCUGUACAUAUUUCUUACAUAUAUGAUACAUUAUAUAAUGAAACCAAUAACAAACAAAGAAAACACUCCCAUUUAAUUUUAGUUUGCAAAGGUGAGCAAACAUAUAACUAAAACUUCUUAGGAAUGUGAACAAACUGGAAAGCCAGCACAGUCUGCCUUUUUAGUAAAGAAGACUGCAGAGAUCUGUAAACUACAGUAGUAAAGAGUCACCAAAUAUAUUUGCAGUUUCGAACUGAAUUUGAAGGGGGUACGCUGCAGACCUAGGCUGAGUCAGGCAUAACUCAAACUGCUAAAACCUGGACUGGGUGAAACUGCUAUGCAAUAUGAGUCGUAUUGCCAUCCCUGCAGACAGCCUGUGUAACCACAAUGCUUGCUCUGGAGUCCAUCAUGUGAUUGCAUUACUAAAAAAAAAAAAAAAAAGAAGUGGUUGAAACAGAAACCUGGAUUUGGGGUGUACUGAAGGCCCAUGGUUGCAGCUCGCUGAUCAAGUGUAUUUCCUUUAGGUCUCAUUGUUACCAAUGCUGCACACACACACACAGAGAGACUAAUGCAAAUGGGGAUCUUCUUUCCCCUGUGAAAUGCAGGGGUUGUGGUAUCCUGAAGCAGGUGAUUAUACAUCAGCAAUCUCUUUACUGACAUUGACGUGUGGUGAAAUGGGUCAUUUUGUGACUGGGCCAUUCCAUUAAAUAUUGGCACAUUGUUACACUGAUAAGUCAUCUAUCAGACUAAUGGCAAGCCAAGGAUGAACAUGUGUCUGUCCUAAUACACAGACAUCAUAUAAAGUCUUGUGCUUGCCAGUAGUUUGAUGCUAGAGUAGCUUCCUUAUUUAAAGUUUGUUUUUCACCCCGUACAUUUUUACGGUGUUUGCAAUCAUUCAGAGGGGUAUUAUUGCAGUUACGCUAAUGCUGUGGAGGUUUUCUUUCUUAAUUUCUUAAUAAGUCAGUUUAAAUUUCCUUCCCCUGAGUUUAGGAGCUGUUCUGUUAUAGAUAUAUGUAACAGUUUAACAUAGAGUUAUAAAAACAGAAAGCUUAUGUGAGUCAUUUCAGUAUAACCCAAUCAGAAUCACUGCGAACAUCACGUUUGAGAAUAAUACAAAUAAUCAUUUAAAGCUACUUUUUCUUUUAAUGACUUCUCCAAUGCGAGAAAUAUUUUCAGAGGAUGGCUUUAAGGGGAAGACAGUAUUACUCCUGUUCCAACACAUGGCUUAAAACAAACAAGGACAUUAUAUCUGUGUUGUUAUUUAUCAUUAGGAUUAAUGUUUCCCCUCCAAAGUGUUUAAUUCACACUUAGUAA